AUGCCGCAGGCCGAUCCGGCUUGCCUGAAGCCGCGGAUCUCGGACAUAGCGUGCGUUACCAAGCUGGCCCGUAGCCCGAACGGGACUGACGUGGUCAGCAAAUUCCUGAGCUCCAAUCCCAACGCGGCCACUUUGCUGGUUUCGGCCCUCCUCCCCGAAGUGCCGUGUUUGGCCAGCCAUCCUUAUGGCGCGGGUGUCGUCAGUGAACUCUUCUGCCACUGCCAGGACCUAAAGCUGGGUCCAUCAGUGAUCGCACUCUCGAAUUGUUUGAAGGGCUCACUGCUGCGUCUAACCAAAGACCGCUUUGGCUGCCGGGUCAUCCAAGCAGCUUUGCGAGAGGCUCUGCCUGAGUUUCAGCAGGCCUUCAUCUCAGAACUCAAGGGCCAAGUCUUGAGCCUCUGUCAGCACCUCCAUGCCAACUUUGUGUUGCAAAAGUGCAUCGAGCUCAUGGAGCCCCGCGUUGGGGUUUUUCUGAUCGCAGAGCUCAGAGAUCAUGCCGUCUCUGUGGCAGUUCAUGUCUACGGCUGUCGGGUCCUGCAGCGCUUGAUUGAGCACUGCUCCCGGGAGCCCCAACUCAUCGAGCUCGUCGACAACAUGCUUACUCCAGAGAACGUGGAAAAGCUCUUGAAAGAUCUUUUUGGCAGCAAUGUGCUGCGGGCACUAUUGGUGCAUGGCACCGUGUCCCAUGUCAAGGCCAUCCUUGACGUUUUGAGCACCAACGUCCUGAAGUUUGCAAAGCACAAGCAUGCCUCACUCGUCUUCGAGCGAUGCUUGGAGGUGUCCAGUAGCUGUGAAGAGUUGCGCUCACCUCGCAAGCAGCUCAUGGCGCAGCUGAUUCAGAGCAACCUUUCCGGAAAGGCACCCCUUAGCCAGGUUCUGUUGGAUCGUUUUGGAAACUACCUCGCCCAACGUGUCAUCCAGUGCUGCUGCGGCAGCGAAGAAGAGAUGAUCCUGAAGCUGUUGGCUUCAGCCUGGCCGAAGCUGCAGCGUUCGCCAGUUGGCAGACAUAUCAUGGUUGCUCGGUUUGCUGUUUCAGGGGUUUCGUAG